CAGGACCUGAAAACAAAACAUGGGAUCGAAGAAGCAUCGUAGGAGCCGAUCGCGGUCCCGACCUUCAGAAAGAUCCAGUAGACAUGUCCGCUCGCCGGAGGACAGACGCGGUCGGAACCGCUCUCCCGUGAAAGGUCCUCGCAGACGAGCGCGGUCUGAGAGCGGAGGAUCCGCAGACCGGAGCCGACACCGAGGGAGAGAGUCCGGCCACUCCAGCGACUCUGACCGCGAUCACAGAGACAGAAGAGCACGAUCACACCGAAGAUCGAAAGAGAGAGACAGCUCUUCAGGUGAUAGUCACAAUAAUCAGAAGAAACAUGAGACGAAGAAGAAACACAAGGAUGAAAAGAGCAGCAGGAGGAGCAGUAGAAGCUCCUCACGUUCCAGCUCAGAGUCCAGCGUGGAGCGAAGCAGAGCCAGAGAUGGCAGGAGCAGCGAGAGAGAGCGGGGGAGACGACAGAGCAGGAGCUCCAGCCGAGAGAAAGACCGAGAGGGGAGGAGGAGAAAGAGCAGAGAGAGGGAUCGAGACAGACGUAGACGCUCUGAAUCCAGAUCCUCGAGUUCCUCGAGCUCCUCUGCUGACUCUGAUCAGGGUCAGGGAGGCAAGACGACACAGGGAUCCUCCUCCUCCAAAGAAGACAAGAAGAAGCAGAGGGAGAUGAUGAAGGCGCUGGAGACCCCAAAAUUUAGGGGCGUGAAGCAGCUGCGUCUGGAGCGAGAGCGGGAGAAGUCCAUGCGCGAGCAGGAGCUGGAGAUGCUGCAGAGAGAGAAAGAGGCCGAACAUUUCAAAACGUGGGCGGAACAGGAGGACAAUUUUCACCUGCAGCAGGCCAAACUGAGGUCUAAGAUCCGGAUCCGUGACAGCCGAGCGAAGCCCAUCGACCUGCUGGCUAAAUACAUCAGCGCUGAAGACGAUGAUCUGUCGGUGGAGAUGCAUGAACCGUACACCUUCCUCAACGGACUCACCGCCACAGACAUGGACGACCUGCUGGAGGACAUCAAGGUGUACAUGGAGCUGGAACAGGGCAAGAACGUGGAUUUCUGGAGGGAUAUGACCACCAUUACUGAAGACGAAAUCAGCAAAUUGCGCAAACUGGAGGCAUCAGGCAAAGGACCAGGUGACCGUCGUGAGGGCAUAAACACAUCUGUCAGCACAGACGUGCAGAGCGUGUUUAAAGGGAAGACGUACAGUCAGCUUCAGGCUCUCUAUAUGAACAUCGAGAAUAAGAUCAAGGCAGGAGGCUUCAACCUGGACAUCGGCUACUGGGAGAGUCUCCUGCAGCAGGUGCGGGUCUACAUGGCACGAGCCAGGCUGAGAGAACGGCAUCAGGACGUCCUGCGGCAGAAGCUGUAUAAACUCAAACAAGAACAGGGUGUGGCGAGCGAACCGCUUUUCCCCGUCAUCAAAGAAGAGAAUGAGCGGUCCAUUAGCCCUACAGCGGAGGAAUUUGCAGAUGAGGAGCCGGGCAGCUCUCAGCAAGGUGACGAUGGAGACAGACGGACCAAGAGGCUGGAUGAAGAAGAGGGUGAGCGGUCUGGAAGGAGCAGUCCUGAGGAGAGAAAGGGAGGAGAGGGGGAGGAGGGAGAGAAAGAUGAAGCCCCGGAGGCCGUGUUAACAGAGGAGGAUUUGAUCCAGCAGAGUCAGGCGGAGUACGACUCCGGCCGCUACAGUCCCACCCUCCUGCAGCCCUCAGAGCUACCGCUGGACACACACAUCAUCAACGUGGAGGAGGACCUGCAGAGACUCCAGCUGGCCCGGACACAGCAGCAGGUGACCGGCGAUGCAAAUGAAAGCGCCGAAGAUGCAUUCGUGCGUCGCGCUAAAGAGGGCAUGGGCGGCGACGAGGCCCAGUUCAGCGUUGAAAUGCCUUUGACUGGAAAAAUGUACCUGUGGGCCAACAAAUACCGUCCACGUAAGCCCCGCUUCUUCAACCGCGUCCACACCGGCUUCGAGUGGAACAAAUACAACCAGACGCAUUACGACUUCGACAACCCGCCGCCCAAGAUCGUCCAGGGCUACAAGUUCAACAUCUUCUACCCUGAUCUCAUCGACAAGCGCUCGACUCCGCAGUACUUCCUCGAGCCCUGUCCCGACAACAAAGACUUUGGAAUACUGCGCUUCCACGCCGGCCCACCAUACGAAGACCUCGCAUUUAAGAUCGUGAACCGUGAAUGGGAGUAUUCCCAUCGCCAUGGUUUCCGCUGCCAGUUCGCCAAUGGAAUCUUUCAGCUGUGGUUCCACUUUAAGCGAUACCGAUACAGGCGAUGAAGAGGACGAGGUUGAGUUGUAUUAGCAAAGUGUUGAAUAUCGGGAACACUGAACGUUAAUCUUCAAAUGCUGUAAAAUUGGUGUAAAUCUAGAAAAAGUAGUACAAUCUCUGUUUAUUGAUUUCAUUAGCAUCUUCCGUUAGUGGAAGAACAGGUUUUCAACAGAAUAGACCUUAAUAUGUGAUCUUGUCCUUGUUGAAAAUCCUGUUUUGUACAUUUCAGGCUCUUAUCUGGCAUUCGAUUACUUUUUUUUUUUUUUUUAUAAACGUGUUCGUUGGUUGAGCUUGAAAAUGCUAUUUUUGUACUAUUUGCUUUUGAGAUGAUACAGUAAAGAUUUACUAAUUUUUAA